CUACCGAAUGAAAGAUACUAGCUUCCAACAUGAUUUGGCGUUGCUUUCUAUGCUACGUGUUUGUAGCAUUGAGUCUGAGACAACUUUUGAGUCACAUUAACACCAUGCACAGCCGCAGCCCUGACUUUCGCGUGGUGUGUGGAAUUGAUGGCUGUCCGAGUGAGUACAGAGUAUAUAACUCCUUCUACUAUCACGUAAAGCGGACACACGCGCAUCACCUUCUCGGAGUGGAAGCGGAUGAGGAGGAAGGAUCAACCCGCCACGGUUUACCUGGAGCAGGUGAAAGGACGGCCCCAAUCAACCAAACUAACGCCAGUUCUUCAGUAACUGACGAGGGCUCAAGCAUCCCCGCACUAACGAGUGGAUUUCAAGAAGAUGGAGAGGGUCACCUGAAUCUUGACAUUUAUAAACAUGCAACUGCAUUUCUUCUUCAAGCCAAGGAAACUCAUCGGCUGACACAGAGAGCUGUUAACCACAUCGUGAGUGGAGUCCAGCAAUAUCAGGCCGUAUUAUUGGAGCACCUAAAACAACAAAUGAGUGACAUGAUUGAGAGACAUUCUGGGGACCUGGAUCAACUAAAGAGUGAUGCAGUGGGGGUAUUUGACCAGUUUGUUGACCCUUUCACUCAAAUUGCUUCCACCCAUUUGCAGGACAAGACCAUCAAAAAACUGUUAAAACCAGUUGAACCAGAGAUUAUUGUCACAAAACAAACAGUCUGUUAUUCGAAGCGUGGAGACUCCAGAGUUCUUGCCAUUAAGGACCAUUGUUUUCAUUACAUACCGUUGGUGAAAAGUUUGGAGCAGCUGCUAUCACAUGUAGUUUCACAUGUAGAACAUGUAGUUUCUGUACAGUGGAUUAUGCUACAUGGAAAUAAGCAUUCAUGUGAAAAAUCUUUGGUUAUUUCUGAUGUCAUAAAUGAUGCUCCAGAGUUUGCACUUGUUAAAAACAUCUAUAUUGUAAAUGCAUCUGUGUAUUGUUUUGAAUGCCAGCCUCUCUCUACAGUUGGGUGGAAAGAUCAGUAUUUAGCUUAUGAGGUAGAAGUUCCCUGUCUAGCUCAGGCAAAUAUUUUUGUGGAUGCUGGAAAUCUUGUUGAUUAUACAGCAUACCACUAUGUAAACUUUAAUAAUUCCAGUGAAGUAUGAUCUCACUGACAUCAUCAAACAUCAUUCUUGAGUCUUUUGUGAAUAUGUGGGCUGAAAUAAUGUUUUUAAACACUGGCAAAAAAUUUAUUGUUCUAUUUACUUUUUAUUUUACUUUUGGCGCAAUCUGUUCAGUGCAACACAACUGAGAGGGAAACAAUUUCAGUCUUUUGCCUCUUUCAAUGUCACAUUGAUAUGGUUUGACUGGUAUGUAAGAAAAAUAAAUACACUGUGCUUAAGAUACUAAGACUCAUAAUAAUGCAAUGUUGGGCAUGUUAUUAAUCUGCAGUUCUCAAUAAAGUAGAUUUGAUGUCCUGA